AUGAAAAUUCCCCGUGUUGUGAUCGGAAUGUCAGGAGGAGUUGAUAGUGCAGUCUCAGCAUUUUUACUGAAAAAAAGGGGAUUUGAUGUGAUUGGUGUGCAUAUGGUAAAUUGGGAUUCUCAAGAAGAAGGAACAUCUAAUUGUCCUCGAUCAAAAGAUGAAUCAGAUGCUAGAAAUGUCUGUGAUAAAUUGAAUAUCCCAUUCCAUACGGUCAAUUUCGUCAAAGAAUAUUGGAAUGACGUUUUCCUACGGUUCCUCGAAAAUUACAAAAUGGGGAGAACGGUUGUUCCAGAUAUUGAUUGCAACCAUUCUAUAAAAUUUCGCGCUUUUCAUAAAGUUGCUCAAGAAAGAUUUGAUGCCGAUUUUAUAGCAACUGGACAUUAUGCGACUACAAGUUUCGGGGAUUUUCAGCAAAGCAGAAAUGCUUCAGAAGAAAUUCGAUUGUUUUCUGGUCGAGAUCCAUUGAAAGAUCAGACAUUCUUUUUGUGUACAGUUACUCAAGAACAACUGAAAAGAGCAAUGUUUCCGUUGGGUUCUCUUCAGAAAACAGAAGUAAAACGAAUUGCUGAACAGGAAGGAUUUCACGAAGUUGCCAAGAAACCAGAAGUAGUUAUUUUCAUUUUCUAG